UUCAUUCUUUGCCAAGAAAGGAAUCGAACGAAGAAAGUAGAAAUGUCAAAAUUUAUUUCAUUGUUCAGAAAUAUGGGCUCCCUCUCUUGUGUCUGUCCCAUUACCACUAAUCAAUUUAAUCCUAAAAUUUGCAGUGCAUCAAUACUCUAUAAAGUAUGACGACGUUGAAGAUUGAGAUUGUUGGAUGUAAAGACGGUGGGGGACCUUGGGAUGAUGGAGCUCAUUCCACCAUCAGACAGCUUGUAAUUUAUCACAAACAGUGGAUUUGUUCAUUUCAUGUUGAGUAUGAUAAGAAUGGCCAUUCAAUUUGGGGUUCCAAGCAUGGCGGAAAUGAAGGUUCCUCGUCUAAGGUUGUUUUAGAUUACCCAAACGAGUAUCUAAUUUCAAUUUAUGGUUACUACGGCUACAUAGGUGAGUGGGGAAUUGCAGCCGAUGUGAUUCGUUCCAUAACUUUCCAAACCAAUAGGAAAACUUAUGGCCCAUAUGGGAUGGAAGAGGGAGCCAAAUUUUCAUUCCCAAUUAUGGGAGCCAAGAUUGUUGGCUUCCAUGGAAGAUGUGGUUGGUUCCUCGAUGCAAUUGGGCUCUACAUACAACCAAUUCCAAAAACCCAACUUAAGAACUUCAGCUUAGGACCUUAUGGAGGCAAAGGGGGGCAUCCAUGGGAGUAUACUUUUCGGUCGAUCAGACGAUUUGUAAUUCAUCAUGAACAAUGGAUUCACUCCAUUCAAUUGGAAUAUGAGGAUAAGAAUGGAAAGUUAGUAUGGUCCAAAAAGCAUGGUGACACAAACGGAAGUUCCAAAUCAGAGGUUGUGCUACAAUUCCCAGAUGAGUAUUUUGUUUCUAUUCAUGGCUACUACAGCCACAUACAGGUUUUGGAAAAUACUGCCACUGUGAUUCGAUCGCUAACAUUGGAAACUAAUACAAGAACUUAUGGACCGUUUGGAGUUGAAGAUGGAACCAAAUUUUUAUUUCCAAUUAUGGAGACAGAUAUUGUUGGUGUUUAUGGAAGAUCUAGUGUGUGGCUUGAUGCAAUUGGACUCUACUUAGGAACAACUCAAAACAUGAAGGUUGAGCCGGAGCCUAUGGCUGCACCAGCACCCCAAAUCCAAAUGGAGCACUCUAAACUGAGACAAUAUGGAGGUGAAGGUGGAGAUGCUUGGGAAGAUAAGUUUCAAACAAUGAGACGUUUUGUGGUUCGUCAUGGAUUAUGGAUCGAUUCCAUUCAAAUUCAAUAUGAAGAUGAUAAUGGAAACUUGGUGUGGUCUAACCAGCAUGGUGGAGAUGGAGGAUCCAGAUCAGAGGUUGUUUUGGAAUUUCCAGAUGAGUAUCUUGUAUCAAUUCAUGGCUACUACAGUGAUAUUCGUACGUGGGGACAUGCAAUCACUGUGAUUCGCUCCUUAACUCUAGAAACAAAUAAGAAGACUUAUGGGCCAUUUGGAGUUGAAGAUGGUUCCAAAUUUUCAUUUCCAAUUGUUGGGUUUAAGGUCGUUGGCAUUCACGGUAGAUCUGGUUGGUACCUAGAUGCCUUUGGACUUUAUGUACUGUCAAUUCAAAUGUAGGUCAUAAAUAAUUAGUCACAUUGUAUCAAACGAGUCUCUUCGAAUAAUUUUUAGAGGAAUUACGAGAAGUUAAAUUGAUAAGGAAGACGAAACCUCCAUCUAUCUCCAUAA